UAUUAUUGCAUUAAGUACGGAGCUAACUUAAAAAAGAUGGCAGACGUUGCUGUAGGUGUGCAAGCUUACUGCAAAUUAUUGCUGCAUUCAGCCAAGUAUCCUCAUUGCGCUGUCAAUGGCGUUUUACUAGCAGAGGAGGGAAAAUGCAAAGAUCAGAAAGUUGUUCGUUUCGUUGACUGUAUUCCGUUGUUUCAUCUUUCACUUGGUCUCGCCCCUAUGUUGGAAAUAGCACUAUUACAGAUCGACAGUUACUGCAAAAGCAAGGGAUAUAUCAUAGCAGGCUAUUAUCAGGCAAAUGAAAACAUUGAUGACAAUCAAUUAAACCAUGUUGCAAAGACUGUUGGGAAAAAGAUUCAAGAAUAUUUUUCAAAUGCUUGUAUUUUUAUGAUUGACAACAGACAAGUUAACCCUGACCCAGUAUCAGAAGUCUACAGAAUCUACUCUCUCAAGGACACGAGCUGGAAGGAACAUGACAAAAGUAAGCGAACAGUCGAGGAGGAGACCAUACGCACUGCAACGGAACUUCUGAAGUCUGGAGCACAUAGAAAGCUGCUAGACUUUGACAAUCAUCUGGACAAUGUCAAAAAUGAUUGGCGCAAUCCAGAGUUGUCGGACUUGAUAUCUAGAUGUACAUAGCCAGGUAGAAGCACAGCACCUGCAUCACCAAUCUGUUCACAAUGAGAGUGUGUGCAUUUGGUGGUGCUCUGGUCAGAGAUCGUCAGUGUUAACUUGCAUGAAGGAAAGGGUUUAUCAUAAUUAUUGUAAUAAUUUAUCACAAGUACUCAUUCUUGGGUGAGAACUGUUUCUCUUCACCUUUUCUCCCCAUGGUUCCUUAUGGGCAUAGUUUCUUUUUAUUUGUUAAUCAGACACCAGGGGUUAACCCCAUCCCUUUCUCAUCCAUUUCCAAUAAUCAAAUGCAUGUGGUAAGUAAAUGUUUUGGAGGAUGUGUGCACAAAAGCAGUUGCCUGGUAAGUGUAUUGGUGUCACAAGCACUGUAAGUUGUCAUACAUUUUGUUUGUUAAAUGCAAGGCAUGAAGCUUAGAGAAUCAGUGGUUGAAUUCAUUGUGGUCAUGUGUAUUAAAUGCUAACCAUUUUUUAAAAUGAA